AUGGAAAACCGAGAGGUUAUUUCAUAUUGUGACCUUCAUGGCCAUAGUAAGAAAGAGAAUAUCUUCAUGUACGGCUGUAAUGGUAGUGAUAGAUGUAAAGCAUUAUAUUUGCAGCAACGAAUCUUUCCACUUAUGCUGAGUAAAAGUUGUCCUGAUAAAUUUUCUUUCUCAGCUUGCAAAUUUAAUAUUCAGAAGAGCAAAGAGAGAACAGGAAGAGUAGUAAUGUGGAAAAUGAGUAUCAGAAACAGUUUUACCAUGGAGGCCACUUUUUGUGGGUCUCCUCUGGGUAAUAAACAGGGCACUCAUUUCAACACUAAAGACUUGGAGUCAAUGGGAUAUCAUUUUUGUGAUUUGCUCUUAGACUAUUGUGAUCCAGACCGAAUCAAGUAUUAUCAAUGUCUGAAAGAAUUAGAAGAAAUGGAAAAACAUAUAAACUUGGGAAAAGUCCAUGGUGAGUCAGAUACUUCUCUGAAAGAAAUUGCAUUGGAUCCAGAGUCAAGUAGCCAAGGCUCUGACAGUUCAGAAUCCAGUGACUCUCAGUCUUAUCUUCUCAAGUUAACUUCUCAGGUAUGACUGAAAAUGCC